AUGGAGCCCUUGACAGACGAUUUCCAAAAUGCCACAUUGAAUCCAAUCUCACUCUGCGGAGACUGUUGGCAGAUCAACUUCUCCGCUCUAUUUGAUCCUGAUGUUGAGGAUAUGCAACUUAAUUCUAUAUCUGUCAAAGAUGCCGAGAAGGCCGAAGCUUCUUGCCAAUUCUGCCGUCUCCUGCUCCGAGAGGCACGGCAUUUGGCACGUAGUGGGCGUGUUAUUCACCAGAGAAACGGCCAACCUCUAGUUUUCAAUUUUGAACGUGAAUUCCAGGCAGGCUCAUCAGGACACGGCAUUUCUGAGUUUACGACAACUAUUCUUCUAAAAGUUAAUCUGCAACCAGUACCGACUCCAGAGGACUCUGAGAUUAAGUUCAACAUCUGUCCCAUUUUCACGGAUAGAGGUGAUGAUCACCUUCAGUGUGCCCAACUUGUCUCCAGAGACAAGAUUGACUUGGGGCUAUGCAGCAAGUGGCUCCGGGAAUGCGAGAAACGACAUCUACCACACUGCCAGGAUCCUGGCCGGGAAAUAGAGAAAUCCCUCCUGCCCGAAGGGUUUCGUCUUGUCGAUACCGUUGAUGAGUGCAUAAUUCUAGCACCACAGAAUUGUCGCUAUAUUGCACUAAGCUAUGUCUGGGGCCAAGUCGCUACGUUGAGACUCGGCGAGGACAGUGCCAAUGAAUUUGAACGUCCUGGAAGCCUGGCACGACAUAUGGCCGAUUUAUCUAAAACAGUUCAGGAUGCCAUUCAUGUAGUCAGAUCUAUGGGUGAACGAUACCUAUGGGUCGACAGUCUAUGUAUCAUUCAAGACUCGCCUCAAAAAGCAGAACAAAUUGGCAAGAUGGACAGUAUUUAUGGAGCAGCUGUCCUUACAAUAGUUGCUGCAUAUGGCUCGGAUGCCAACGCUGGUUUGAGAGGAGUCCGCCCAGGCUCCCGAAUCUUCGACCAGUCCGCAGCGACUAUCUGGCACGAUCUCACUCUUGUGGCUACUGCCCCAUCACCGGGGGAUAUUGCAGAGUCAAUUUGGGCAACUCGAGGUUGGACGUACCAAGAACAGCUACUAUCGCAGCGACUACUGGCUUUCACAACAGAUGGCCAGGCGGUAUGGCAGUGCGCAUCUAGUCACCUACUGGAGGAUGCUCCAUCUAUCAUUAAGGUAUAUCCACCCAAACGGUUAAGGCAGCUGCAAGCCGAAUUCAGGCUCAAUGAGCGCCAACCAGAGCCAAACCCGACGUUGUCACUGCUACCACUACAACAGCCAGACGCAAUCACAGAGUACAUAGCGGUUGUUGAGGGCUACACCAAAAGACAAUUUACCUUUGACGAUGAUAUUCUGAUUGCAUUCGAAGGCUUUGGUAGUCUCCUUCAGCGUCAUCUGAAUACUCGUUUUCUUGCUGGCCUUCCGGAAGCGUACCUGGACCAGGCAUUGUUGUGGAUUCCUUCGACUAAACAGAAGCGAAGAGAAGGUAGCAAGAACCAUCUUCCCAGUUGGUCUUGGGCAGGAUGGAUUGGACACGCGCAUUACGAAAAACUGGAUUCCUCGAAGACUGAGAGGGUGUUACCUACGGUAAAAUGGUAUUACAAUGAGAGCAAAAAGGGCGCCAAGCUAAUCAAUCAGAUUGGAAUUGGAAUAGAUGAGUCACGAUUUGGGGAAGAAAGGAGCUCAAAUACAUUCUGCUGGGUGCCUAUUUUCGAGUUACUGGGGAAUUCGCUCAACAGUUUGCCAACAAGCAAUCUCGAUUCACAGCAACGCCCAUUUCUUCAAUUUUGGACGUCUUGCUCGCUACUGCACAUUGCCCCUGGGGAGACAGCUCGCCUUGCUGCAAGUCAGAGAGAGUCAUCUAUGAACCCUCCAGUCAAAUUACACCUCGUUCUGGGACAGCUUGCAAGACAACUGAGUGGAUACCUUGUCUUGAAUGGAGAAAGGCUGCCGGAGCUUGAUCAAGCUCGACAUGAGUUUAUUGUAUUAUCUGAAGCCCAAUUUGCCGGAUUUAAUCCUAUUACUUCGGCGUGCACACCAUCAAAUAAGAGCAUGAUGUACAAUGUGAUGCUGAUUGAAUGGGACGACCGCCGGGAGACGGCAUGUCGACUAGGUAUUGGGAGAGUGUUGAAGCAAGCCUGGCAUGCGUCAAAACCUGUUAUAAAAUUCAUCACGCUAGGUUAA